AUGGCGAAAAAAGGUGGAAUGUUUCAUUUUGCAGAUGGCAUAGAUAAACUUCUGAUGCUAUUUGGAACAAUUGGUUGCAUUGGAGAUGGGUUGAUGUCUCCUCUUACAAUGAUAAUUCUUAGCGGUGUAAUUGAUGAGUAUGGAAGUGGUGGUCUUUCUUUCUCCAAUGACGUGGUGGACAAGUAUGCACUCAAGCUACUCAUCCUUGCAGUUGGUGUUGGAGCAGCAGCUUUCAUAGAGGGAAUUUGCUGGACAAGAACUGCAGAAAGACAAACAUCACGUUUGAGGAUGGAGUACCUGAAAUCUGUACUCAGACAAGAAGUCGGUUUCUUUGACACAAAAGUUGGCUCUUCCACCAAUUUUGAAGUUAUUUCAGCCAUUUCUGGGGAUGCUCAAUUGAUUCAGGACGUGAUGGCUGAGAAGAUACCCAACUGUCUGGCUCAUCUAUCAACACUUGUAUUCAGUAUCGUAGUAGCCUUCAUACUUUCAUGGAGACUGGCGGUGGCUUCACUUCCAUUUGCCUUGAUGUUUGUGGUUCCUGUGUUAGGCAUUGGAGCAUUACUUAAAGGCCUAGGGAUGAAGAUGAAGGAUGCCUACGAUAAAGGUGGUGGGGUUGCUGAUCAGGCAAUCUCAUCAAUCCGAACUGUUUAUUCUUAUGUUGGGGAGCAACAAACGAUUGAUAAGUUCAGCCAUGCACUUGAGACAAGUAUGAACUUAGGAAUAAGGCAAGGAUUUACAAAGGGUUUGAUGAUCGGGAGCAUGGGUAUGGUAUUUGUGGCAUGGGCAUUUGUUUCUUGGGUAGGAAGCUAUCUUGUUACUGAAAAAGGAGAAAGUGGUGGCAAAGUCUUCGUUUCCGCAAUUUGUGUAAUCAUGGCAGGACUAUCAGCUAUGAGUGCACUGCCUAAUGUCCCAUUCAUUUCAGACGCAAUAGCUGCAACAUCAAGAAUGUUCGUAAUGAUUUCUCGAGUUCCUCUCAUAGAUUCUGAAAAAGUUAAAGGAAAAACAAUACCAUCUGUGAGGGGUGACAUCGAAUUCAGGGGCGUUGACUUCUCAUACCCAUCAAGACCCGAUACUCCGGUCCUUCAAGGACUCAAUCUACGAGUUAAAGCUGGCAAGACAAUCGGUCUUGUGGGUGGCAGUGGGUCAGGAAAGUCUACAAUUAUUUCUUUACUUGAAAGAUUUUACGACCCAAUCAGAGGAGAUAUCUUUCUUGAUGGACACAGAAUAAAAAGUCUUCAGCUUAAAUGGCUAAGAUCUCAAAUGGGGUUAGUUAAUCAAGAACCAGUACUAUUUGCAACUUCAAUCAAAGAAAACAUACUUUUCGGUAAAGAAGGCGUGUCAAAUGAACUUGUUGAGCUUGCAGCAAAAAAAGCAAAUGCACAUGAUUUCAUUGUUAACCUAACUGAUGCUUAUGAUACUCAAGUUGGUCAAUUCGGGAUUCAGUUAUCAGGCGGGCAAAAGCAAAGAAUUGCUAUAGCACGAGCUUUGCUUAAAGAACCAAAAAUUCUUCUGCUAGAUGAAGCAACAAGUGCAUUGGAUUCAGAAUCUGAAAGAGUUGUUCAAGAAGCCCUGGAUCAGGCUUCAGUAGGAAGAACAACAAUCAUUGUUGCCCAUCGCCUUACAACAAUCCGUAAAGCGGAUAAGAUCGUGGUUCUUCAAUCUGGAAAAGUCAUUGAGUCCGGUUCACAUGAUGAUUUAAUGCAGAGGAACAAUGGAGAAGGUGGUGCUUACUACCAAAUGGUGCAGCUGCAGCAAUCAGCAACACAGAAUGAAACCCCAAAUAGUCCAUACACACCAACUUCACAAAAACAUCCAAAUUACCACAGAGAUUAUAAUCGACAGACACCAAGAAGUCCUAUUAGUGCAAGAUCAAGCUUGCAUAAUAGCCCAAUGUCCCCUUUCAGUCCAGUAGUUUCCAUUAGUAUGGCUCAUUCGGUACAAAUGUACUCUUACGAAGAAAGUGAUGAUGAGACGUUUGACAUGAUGCUGAGCCCUAAUCCUUCACAAUGGCGUCUGUUGCAGAUGAAUGCACCCGAGUGGAAACGAGCCAUUCUCGGGUGCCUGGGCGCCGGUGGUUUUGGUGCUAUAUCGCCAAUACAUGCUUAUUGUUUAGGAUCUGUUGUUGCGGUAUACUUCCUGCCAGACAAAGCCAAGAUCAAAUCAGAAACAGCUUUUUACUGCAUAGUGUUUGUAGGUUUAGGAAUCCUUUGUUUCAUCACGAACCUACUCCAACAUCAUAACUUUGCAGUCAUGGGCGAACGAUUAACGAAAAGAGUACGAGAGAAAAUGCUCGAAAACGUACUCACAUUUGAAAUCGGGUGGUUUGAUAGAGACGAGAAUACGAGUGCAGCAGUUUGUGCUCGGCUUGCAACCGAAGCUAGCUUGAUACGCUCACUAGUUGGAGAUCGAAUAUCAUUACUCCUGCAAGUAUUCAUCAGCGCAUUUCUUUCAUUUGUGAUUGCAUUAAUAAUCACCUGGAGAGUUGCUCUUGUAAUGAUUUCAGUGCAGCCAUUGCUCAUAGCAAGCUUUUACUCCAAAAUUGUUUUGAUGAAAAGCUUGUCUUCCAAAGCGAAAAGGGCACAAAAUGAAGGAACACAAUUAGCAAGUGAAGCUGUUGUGAAUCAUCGAACAAUCACUGCGUUUGCUUCUCAAGAAAGAAUCAUGAGAUUGUAUGCAGAAACGUUGAAAGGACCAAGAAAAGAAUGCAUUAAACAGUCAUGGUUUUCGGGUAUGGGUUUGUUCACUUCACAAUUUGUGACAACGGCUGCAAUAUCCUUGGCUUAUUGGUAUGGUGGAAGAGAAAUGAAUAAAGGAAAUGUAACCGCAAAACAAAUGUUUCAGGUUUUCUUCAUUUUGAUGACCACUGGAAAGAAUAUUGCAGAUGCUGGAAGUAUGAGUUCUGAUCUAUCCAAAGGUGGUGGUGCAGUUAAGUCGGUAUUAGCUGUACUUGACAGACAAACUGAAAUCGAUCCAGAUGACUCAGAAGGUUUGACAGUUGGAAAACUUGAUGGUGAUAUAGAGUUAAAAAAUGUGUUCUUUGCAUACCCAUCAAGGCCUGAGCAAAUGAUCUUUCAGGGACUGUCUUUGAAAAUUGAAGCUGGAAAAACGGUGGCACUUGUGGGUCAAAGUGGGUCGGGUAAAUCCACUGUUAUUGGAUUGAUAGAACGAUUUUAUGACCCGAUGAAUGGAUGUAUACUCAUAGACGGACAAGACUUGAAAAAUUACAAUUUGAGAAACCUGAGAUCACAUAUUGCAUUGGUGAGCCAAGAACCAACUCUUUUUGCAGGAAGUAUACGUCAAAACAUUGCUUAUGGUAAAGACGAAACUAGUGAAGCUGAAAUAAGGAAAGCAGCAAAGCUCGCAAAUGCUCAUGAGUUUAUAAGCUCAAUGAAAGAUGGUUAUGAAACGUACUGUGGAGAAAGAGGAGUCCAGUUAUCAGGGGGGCAGAAGCAAAGAAUUGCACUUGCACGAGCAAUACUAAAGAAUCCGGCUAUUCUUCUCUUAGAUGAGGCCACUAGCGCACUUGAUAGUGUAUCCGAGAAGCUUGUGCAGGAAGCAUUGGAAAAAAUGAUGGUUGGCAGGACUUGUGUGGUAGUUGCUCAUCGGUUAUCAACCAUACAAAAAUCUGAUUCGAUAUCUGUGAUUAAAAGUGGAAAAGUAGUAGAACAAGGAUCUCACAAUGAGCUACUUUCAUUGGGAAAUCGAGGCGCAUACCACUCUCUCAUAAAGUUGCAACAUUUGUGA